CGCGUGACGUUUGCGGUGUUCUUACCGACCAAUGUGAUCGAAAGACACCGGGAGUUCUUUGUUUACAGCAGUCGGAAGAAGGCUAAAAAGAAAUGCUGCAGUUUGAGACAUUGCUUUUGAGACAGUUGCAGAAGCAGCAAAACAGGGAUGAGCUCUGUGACACUGUCCUACACACUCAAGGUGUGUCAGUGCCAGUACACAGCUGUGUGCUGUCUGCCUUCAGUCCUAGGCUCUAUGGCACUCUCUCCUCCACGCCAGUACCCAUGGCAGGACAGAGACGGCUAAUUGAGCUCCAGGCUGUGGAUGCCUGCACUCUGCUCAGCUUGGUUAGUCUGCUCUACUCAGGUCAGCUCCAUGAGAACCGAGAGCAGGUCCUCUCGGCUGCACAAACAUUGGGCAUUGAUUUACCUCAGUGGCAAAAUGAAGAAGAGAGACAUGGAGAAAAAGCAGGGAAAAGAAGAAAGAGCAAGGAUGUUAACCAAGAGAUGGAGACAGGGGCGGAUCCCAGAAACUGGGAAAAUGGGAUGACCAAAAGAGUUAAAGAGUCCAGAAGAAGAGAGGAGAGGAUAAUAAGAGAGAGUGGUACACAAACUGAGUGUGGAAAAGAAACAAAUGAGAGAGGUGCACAAACUGAUCUGGCAUGCUCGGAGCCUCAAAGCAUUCAGACCGUCUAUCUGAUUGACCAAGCAUCAUACUCUACCAAUCAUGAGCCCGGCAGUUACGUGGAUAUUCAAGAUACAGGAUCAACAUUGCAGGCAAUCCAUCCAGAAAUUAAAUCAACCACUUGUGAAAUUUUACCCAAAGCCUCUGAGACAGUAGGCUGUCACACGGUGAGUGAAUCUACCUGUGUGCCCCAAAUCAGCCUGGAUUCUCUGGAAACCUCACAACAAAAACCUUGUUCUUCUGUCACUCUUCACCCUGGAUUUUUAGACCAAUCAGUGGUUGUUCAAGAUGCUGGAGCUGGUGCUAUAAAUAAUCUAAAGCAGUUUGAAGGAAACAUACCUGGUUUCAUCAACUACUUUCUGGAUUCUGCCUACUCCCAAACUAAUGGGAUAAGGGAACAAGGCUGUGCAAGGGAAGAGCGCAAAGAAGGGCAAGUAAUUACGAGAUCAAGAGGAAGGUCUACAGAUGGAGGAUUAGUGAAAGAAUCGGUAAGAUAUAUAAGAGGAGGAAGGAGGCAAAGGUGUAUGAAAAGGUGGGGGUUGGUGGCAAGGUUGGCAUGGCAGGGUAAGGGUGGAGGUAGAGUCGGCAGACUCCUGGAAACCAGAUCAACAGGGAAGAUUUCAAUAAAAGCGUUUCAGAGACGGCAAAACAGAGAGGCAUUGGUGGAAGCAGGAGAGGCCAGAGGAAGAGGCAGGCAGAGGCAGAGAGGCAAGACAGAAAAAGUUUCAGGAAGAAAGGAGCAGAAUGACCCCCCACGCCGGGGCAGGCCAAGAGGCCGUCCUCGUUUACGCCCAAUUCUUCCUUCUUCCCGAAGCUUUUCAACAGUGAUGCCAACCAAACAGGGUACAGUAGAUCCUACAGAACUUGACCUGCUUCACACUGUUACGCCAAUGCCAGCUGCCCCGAUGGAGCCCAUACAGCCUAUUGACACGCUUCUCGAUGACAUCAUGACGGACCUCCAUUUUCUACCCCCUGCGGAAAACCAAACCAGUCAACAUUGCUCUUCCAGUGCUCCACCCAUUUCCAGAGUUAUGUAUCCCAACAGUAAUUCCUUAAAACCCACAGAUCCAAAGCAGCAUCUCGAAGGCGAACUCAAUGAUAUCCUCGAUCAGUUUCUAAGGACCUUUGACCAACAAGUUGGCUCUGGUGUUUUAGACGAGCCAGAGGAGACAUCGCAAGACAAAUGUGAUGAGGAUAGAAGCAAAUCAGACCCCAGCACAGAUCCAGGGAGCAGCCCUCCUAAAACAUAUACACAACUACAAUCUCAGAGCUGGCACCUUCACCAUGAAAAACCACAAACAAACUUGUUAGACACAUCAAACACUCGACCACAAUUGACAUACAAAUUGAACCCUUCAAUAUCAGAGAACACCCGUGCCCAAGAUGGCCACCUGCAUGGAUCAGAAGUGGAGAAACCAUCCAAAGACCAGAACAUUGUGCAACAGUUUGAAAACCGAAGGAUAACUAGGAGCCAGAGCAUGAAGAGAAAACUGGAAACAGCCUUUAUAAGCCUACAAAACCCGGUUAAGAGGAAGUGCAAACAAAACCAAAGUAUUGACCGUAGGAAGACAAGACAAAUGGACAGCCAAGGGCGUUUUGGAGCAUGUGCUAACAAGAAAGGAGCGAAUAACUUGGACAAAAACAACAAAAAUCGUCCUAAAAGAGCUUGCGUUGGAAAAAGGCAAAAACGAGCACAUGGAAGAAGAAGAAGCCGUGGAGUGGACGGCUUUGGCAGAAGGGAAAGAAGUGUUGAAAAUAGUGAUAGAAAGGAUGCUCUGUAUAGAAGGAAUAAGAGUAAUGAGAUGAACAAGAAUGUUAGAGAAGCUUACGUAGAGGCAGAACAUAGAUCUAAUGAUUUCCAGGCUGGUCAAUCAUGUGAAAAGAACCAAAUAGGAGGAAGUUGUAUUGAGAUAGCUUCAUCAGCUAUGGAGAAGGUGAGAAUGCUUUUACAGCUCCAGGAUGAGGAAGAGAAUGAAAGUGCAAAUAACAGCGUGGAAAAACGCAGGGUGAAUAAAGCAGGAAAUGGUAGAUUGGUCAGUUCUAAAAAGAUUGGUGGAGUUACGAAGAGAAUUCCUGUUAAAAACAGUUUGCAAGAUCAUUUUGGAGCGAUUCAAGAGCCAGAAAAUGAAAGAGAAAGAAUAGUUAGCGCAGAAGUUGAGAGACCGCAAAGAACAAGCAGUAUGGAAGAAGUGAGUAAAAGACAAGAAGAUGAUACCAGAAUGGCCGAUGGACUGAGGCAAGAAGAACUGAUGACAGAAGAAUGCAGAGUGACCCACCAGCCAAAUAUGCCUUCGAAUGCAGCUAAAGAGGGAAUAACCGCAAGUAAGGCUACCCUCAUCACCACAGGAUCAGUCACAAAAGUAUUAGAUUCAUGCCUGGGUGAUGCAGUCUCAGCUCUAGAUGCUUAUUUGCUCCGGAGUGAAGUUGUGCCAACUUCUACCAAAAUCACUAAGCGCAAAACGGCUGACGUAGGAGAUGCAUCUGCCGCACGUCUCGCACAACCUUACCAAGAGCUUCUCAGCCCACACAAUUCCACAAAUUAUGUGCAUCAGUUGACUGUGGAUGAAGAUGAUGAUGUGGAUGUGCUAGAGGUGUCCAGUCUGAGUUCUGAGCCGCCUACUGUUUCGUCUCUGAUCUUGGAGGUGGUGGAUCCCAGUACUGAGGAGGAGGAAGUGGAAGAUGAUAUGGAGAUUGAUGUGCUUGGUCUAGAACUAGAUUAGCCAUGGGAAUCAUUUCUGCUAUUCUGGAUUCCCUUACACUUUACAAAUGUGCUGGGAUGAUAGAGGGAACAAGUAGAAAUAGAAAUCGAGUUCUGCAUAUUUUCUGCAUGUCAAGUCAUGUUAAACGUUGGACUUUACAUCAUGUCUGUAACCACAGAGAAAGGUUUAAAUUUAAUUUGUCGCAAGUCAGAUGUGCUAAAAAGAUUUCUUUAUUCCACCUGGUUUCCAUUUAAAACUGUGGUUACAGAACGGGAAUAGACAAAGUGCAGUACGAUUUGUAUGGCUGGUUUAAUC